AAAGGACAGUUUUGGUUUUUUCUCUUCCUAUGGCUGUCAGUUGUAGACGGUAGCUAAUUACUAAUACUAGAAAACAUAAUUGUACCCAUUACAUGUAAGACCAAUAGCAAAAGAGAUAAGAGAGAGAAAGGACUGAUUAUUCUUCUUUGCAAAUUACUCUUUAUCAUUCAACAGGUAAAAUAAAGUUCUUUAUAGAGACUAGUCUAAGAUAGAAACACUAGUCAUCUUCUCCAAAUUCUUAUAUUCAUUUUGUGGUUUCCUGUUUUGCUUUGCAGAUUUCAGAAAUGUCUAUUGGCUUAGAUAUUGUCGUAGCAGUUGUCUCUUCAGCUUUGAAUGUCCUCUUUGAUAGGCUUGCUCCUCACAGUGAUAUGCUCAAGAUGUUUCAGAAGCAUAAGCAUGAUGUUCAGCUCUUAGAGAAACUGGAGGACACUUUGCUUUGUCUUCAGAUUGUGUUAGAUGAUGCAGAGAAUAAGCAAGCAUCAAAUCCAUACGUGAGCCGGUGGUUUAAUAAGCUUCAGUAUGCUGUGGAAGGCGCUGAAAACUUAAUAGAAGAAAUCAAUUAUGAAGCUUUGAGGCUUAAGGUGGAAGGUCAGCAUCAAAAUAUUGCUGAAGGAAUAAGCAACUUGCAGGUAAGUGACCUUAACUUGGGCCUAAGUGAUGAAUUUUUUCUUAACAUAAAGAAGAAGUUGGAAGGGACCAUUGAAACACUGGAGGUGUUGGAAAAGCAAAUUGGUCGCCUUGGCUUAAAGGAGCAUUUUGUUUCGACUAAACCAGAAACUAGAAGACCUUCAACCUCUCUGGUUGAUGAGUCUGAUAUAUUUGGUAGGCAGAAUGAAAAAGAGGAAUUGGUUGGCCGUUUAUUGUCUAAAGAUGCAAAUGGAAAAAAUCUGGCUGUAGUCCCUAUUGUUGGUAUGGGAGGCGUGGGCAAGACAACUCUUGCCAAAGCAGUUUACAAUGAUGAGAAGGUGAAAAAACAUUUUGAUUUGAAAGCUUGGGUUUGUGUGUCUGAGUCAUAUGAUGCUUUCGGAAUAACAAAAGGGUUACUUCAAGAAAUUGGUUUAAUGGUUGAUGACAAUCUUAAUCAGCUACAAGUCAAAUUGAAGGAAAGCCUAAAGGGAAAAAGGUUUCUUGUUGUCCUUGAUGAUGUGUGGAAUGAUAACUACAAUGAGUGGGAUGACUUAAGAAAUCUUUUUGUACAAGGAGAUAUAGAAAGUAAGAUCAUUGUGACGACACGGAAGGAAAGUGUUGCCUUGAUGAUGGAUAAUGAGAAAAUUAGCAUGGACAUUUUGUCUAGUGAAGUCUCUUGGUCUUUAUUCAAAAGACAUGCAUUUGAAAACAUGGAUCGUAAGGAGCAUCCAGAACUUGAGGAGGUCGGAAAACAAAUUGCAGAUAAGUGCAAAGGACUGCCCUUAGCUCUGAAGACGCUCGCUGGCAUGUUACGCUCCAUAUCAGAGGUUGAACGGUGGAAACGUAUUUUGAGAAGUGAAAUAUGGGAGCUGCGAGACAAUGACAUAUUACCAGCGUUGAAGUUGAGCUACAAUGAUCUUCCCGCACAUUUAAAGCGAUGUUUUUCCUAUUGUGCAAUAUUUCCCAAAGGUUAUCCAUUUCAGAAAGAACAAGUCAUUGGACUGUGGAAUGCUAAUGGUCUAGUACAGGGGUUGCAAAAAGAUGAAACAAUUGAAGAUUUAGGCAACCAAUACUUUCUCGAGUUGAGAUCAAGAUCAUUGUUCGAAAGGAUCCCAGAAUCUUCUCAAGAGAACACAGAGAAAUUUUUAAUGCAUGACCUUGUCAAUGAUUUGGCCCAAAUUGCAUCUUCAAAACUUUGUAUCAGGUUGGAAGAUAACGAAGGGUCUCAUAUGUUGGAAAAAGGUCGACACCUAUCAUAUUCAAUGGGAUAUGGUGACUUUGAGAAAUUGAAACCCCUCUACAAAUUGGAGCAGCUGAGGACAUUGCUUCCCAUAAGCUUUUCUGGUGAUUCAUUCCCUCUAAGCAAGAGGGUGUUGCAUAACAUAUUGCCAAGACUAACAUCCUUAAGGGCACUAUCAUUGUCUCGUUAUCGGAUUAAGGAGUUGCCGGAUGCCUUGUUUAUCAAAUUAAAACUCCUAAGAUUUUUGGACCUUUCUCGGACAGAGAUUAAGAAGUUGCCAGAUUCAACUUGUGUACUGUAUAACUUAGAGACACUUCUCCUGUCACAUUGUUGUUAUCUUGAGGAGUUACCGCUGCAGAUGGAAAAGUUAAUCAACUUGCAUCACCUUGAUAUAAGCAACACUUCUCUCUUGAAGAUGCCACUAUUUCCUGGCAAGUUGAACAACCUCCAGGUGUUAUUGGGAGCCAAGUUUCUUCUAGGUGGUAACAGUGGUUCGAGAAAGGAAGAUUUGGGUGAACUACGUAACUUGUAUGGAUCUCUAUCAAUUUUAGAGUUGCAAAAUGUGGUUGAUAGAUGCGAAGCUAAAAAUGCGAACAUGAGGGAAAAGGAACAUGUUGAGAUGUUAUCGUUGGAGUGGAGUGAAAGUAUUGCUGAAAAUUCACAAACUGAAAGAGACAUACUUGAGGAGCUACAUCCACACACAAACAUAAAAGAACUCCAAAUCACCGGAUAUAGAGGGACAAAAUUUCCAAACUGGCUUGCUGAUCAUUCGUUUCUUAAGCUGGUGGAAUUGUCUCUUAGCAACUGCAAGGACUGUUAUUCCUUGCCAUCACUAGGACAACUUCCUUCAUUGAAAUUCCUCGCCAUUAGAGGGAUGGAUCGAAUAACAGAGGUGACGGAAGAAUUCUAUGGCAGUUCGUCAUCCGAAAAGCCAUUUAACUCUCUUGAGAAGCUUGAAUUUGCAGAGAUGCUGGAGUUGAAGCAGUGGCAUGUACUAGGAAAUGGAGAGUUCCCUAGACUUCAUGACCUUUCGAUUGAAGAUUGUCCCAAGUUGAUUGGAAAGUUGCCUGAAAAUCUUUGUGUUCUGACAGGAUUGAGAAUUUCAGUAUGUCCUGAACUCAAUUUGGAGACACCUAUCCAACUUUCAAGCUUAAGAAAGUUUGAAGUUGUUGGUUCUCCUAAGGUUGGAGUUCUUUUUGAUGACGCUGAAUUGUUUACAUCCCAGUUUCUGGGAAUGAAGCAGAUUGUUAAAUUAGUAAUUACCGAUUGUCAGUCUCUUACCUCCUUACCUAUUAGCAUUCUGCCGAAUACCUUGAAGACAAUAAAGAUAUCUCAUUGCGGGAAACUGAAAUUGGAGGCAUCAGUUAGUGAGAUGAAUUCUAGAAGAAAUAACAUGUUUCUUCUGAGAUUGUCACUAGAUGGAUGUGAUUCUAUAUCACAUGAGUUGGUCCCAAGAGCACGUGAUUUGAGGGUAGAGAAUUGCCACAGCCUUACUAGGCUUUUGAUUCCUACUGGGACUGAAAGUCUCUAUAUUAGGGAUUGUGAGAAUCUUGAAAGACUUUCAGUGGCGUGCAGGUCUCAGAUGCAGUCAUUGCAUAUUUUCGAAUGCAAGAAACUGAAGUGGCUGCCAGAACGUAUGCAGGAACUCCUUCCAUCUCUUAAGGAACUGAAACUGUGGAUUUGUACAGAAAUAGAGUCCUUUCCUGAAGGAGGAUUGCCCUUCAAUUUAGAAGUCCUUGAGAUCCUCAAUUGCAAGAAACUGGUGAAUAACCGAAAGGAGUGGCGUUUACAGAGACUCCCCUGUCUCAGAGAGUUACUGAUCUACCAUGAUGGUAGUGACGAAGAGAUUCUUGCUGAUGAGAAUUGGGAGUUGCCUUGCUCUAUUCGAAGACUUGAAGUAUUCAAUCUGAAAAGAUUAAGCAGCCAAGUUCUCAAAAGCCUCACCUUUCUUGAAUCUCUAUCUACUGUUAAUUUAACUCAAAUUCAGUCACGGCUGAAAGAAGGGCUUCCCUCUUCUCUUUCUGAGAUAAUGUUAUUUGGUCAUCAUGAGCUCCAUUCACUACCGACCGAAGGUCUUCGGCGCCUCACUUCUCUUCAACGUCUAUACAUCUGGGAUUGGCCUAAUCUCCAAUGUAUUCCAGAAUCAGCGCUGCCCUCCUCCCUCUCUGCGCUGUAUAUUAUUGAUUGCCCUAAUCUCCAAUCCCUUCCAGAAUCAGCGCUGCCCUCCUCCCUCUCUGAACUGACCAUCAGGGAUUGCCCUAAUCUCCAAUCCCUUCCAGUAAAAGGGAUGCCCUCUUCCCUCUCUAAACUAAUUAUUUCCAACUGCCCAUUGCUCAAACCACUCCUAGAAUUUGAGAAGGGAGAAUACUGGACAAAUAUUGCUCAUAUUCCCACCAUACAGAUCGAUGAGGAAUACCAGUAAUGAUUACAACGAAUGGUGCUCUCACAAAUUGUGGAGCGUCUAUUGCUCAAACCACGUCAAGAAUUCUAGAAGGGGGAUUACUGGCUAAAAAUAUUGAUUGGGAGUACCUGUAAUGAUUAAAACCAGUGGUGCUCCCAUACAUACUGGAAAAUUGUUCGCCAUCAUGAAAGCUGUUCGGCUUUGUUCCGCAUUUUUUGUCCAAAGGAAUUAAGGAACGCAACCUCACUUUCUCAAUCAGGUAGCCAAGACCUGGAAAAGAGUUACAUCAAGCUUGAAAUUUAAAGAAACUGGAAAAGACUUCGAAUGUCUGCUUCCAUUAUUUAAGCCAUGUUACAUUGCAUUGAUUUCAAGUUUGAUGCGACUGCAUUUGAUAGCAAAUACUGAGCUUUUGUCAGAAUUUGGAUCUUUAGCACAAUGGUUAAGACAUCAGUUUCUUGUUUUGGAUCUUCAGAGAUUGCACUGAUAACUUUGGAGAUUAUGAAGUUUCCUUCAAAUUAUUUCCAUUACUCAACCUCGAGUGGCACCUCAGAACUAGGGAAAAGGGAAGGAAGUGUAUCCUACUCGGAAUAAAUUCAAGAUUUUAGCUGAAGAGGUAUUAGCUUAUUUCCACAUUCACAUGGAUAUGGUGAAAACUAAUGCAAAAGGAAAAUGCCUUCCAGAAGAAUUUGUGUCUUAAGGGAGCAUAAUGUGCUUCAAAAUCCGGAUGUCAAUGACUUGAUUGGAUCUUAUGUGGCAAAAAAGAAGAAAUUUAGAGAGACAUCUGCAUGAAUGGCAUACUCUAUUGUAAAUCUGCUAGCAUUCCUCCUUGUUAUAAGGUAAAACACAUUUCUAUUCUUAACUUUUUUUUUUAAUCUACUUCUGGUUGAAAGAAGAGUUAGUCAAAUUAGCUCGAUAGAGGAGCGCUGGUUUGUAGAAAGUUAACUGUUUACCUCUAAUCACUGAGAUAAACAAUGGUUGAAUAAUGCCCAUGGAUUUUCAUCUUUUUUCACUUGCAUUCAUAUGUAAAGUUUGAUAUAUAAUCAUUUGCAUUGCUAUUGUUCUAACUAAUCUGCCAUAAAACCUAAAGUCAGUGUGUGGUGAAUUGUUGUAAUUUGUUUGAAAUUCCGCUGACAACAACUGUAAAGAGAUAUAGGUGAUUUAUAAGCUACUAUCUUAUAUUUCCUCUAAACUAAGUGAUUCAUAGGAUUAAUAGCUUUAGCCUAUAGCUCAUUCUUAGAGUUGCUUCUGGUCAUGACAUCUGUUUAGAGGCAAAUAUCACGUUAUAAAUACUCGAGUUUUUGUAGCAUGCUAAGUUUCAAUUAAGUAGGAUUAUUAAAUGUGAAGUUGUGCUUUUUGAUAAAUAGGUAUGGCUGAAGUGAUAUACAUAGCAGGUUUCUUUGAGCGUGUUUGGUAUCUGUGAUUCUGUGUUGAGCCUGCACAUAGAUGAGUCAUAUCUCACGCUGUCCGAAUUUUUUUUAGAUUCACAGAUAAUUAUAGAAUUAACUCGCCAUCGACCAAUCACUUCGAUUCAUCUCUAUAAACAUUCAUGCACUGCCCGCAACAUUCUCUUAACUGAGGCCUAUUUCGUAUUUAGGAUCUAAAUGGUUAGCUAGAAAAGUUUGCUGAUCUUUCCACUCAAUGAUGGGAUAUUUUUAACAGAACACUCAAUUAUCCAGGUGUGUGAAGAUGUUGUUUACCACUCAUCUUUCCCAACACUUUUUCGCAAUAUAGACCAGUUCCUGAUGUAGGAUGUGCUGAUAAUUCUUUCUUCAGUUACUCAAAAUUUCUAAGGCAACUUGGAGAUUGUGAAUCUCUCUCUUUCCAUCUCCAUUUAUUAGUUCUGGAUCGGUCACACCCCAAAAAUGUGGCUGCUGUAAAAAAGAAAUAUACAGUUAUAUUUUUUUACAUGUGUACGGCCUUAACUUAGAGAUCUAUUAGGUCCCUUUGCUUCUUCUACCUUGAAAACGUCAAAGUCCCGCUCUUUGUUGUUCUUCACUCAUUACUUUGGAAGCUAUCUUACUGCCAACUCCAAUGACUAUUGUCUUACUUGGCUCUUUGCAUAGUGAUUAGUAUUAUUAUAUGCUCUUUGACCUUUAUAUUUACAGCUUUGUACAACACGCGCCUUAAUGCAGCUCAUUAAUGUAGCUCGGAGCUUGCUCAUUUAGUCUUCUCUUUAGAACUCCUUUAUUAUAUCAAUGUUUCGGGGUAAAUGAUGUUGGGUGCAAGUUGUGGUAUGAAUAGUUUGUGGCUGAGAAGAACAAUGAUACUGGAACGGAUGCAUGAAGCAGAAUGGGCUGAUGCUGGUGAGAUAAGAGGGCUAUUUUGUUUCUGUAAUAACGGAGGAGAUGAGAGUGUUUGUCAUGGUUUGAUAGAAUGAUGUAUAUUUACAUCUUUGUACAGUACGCGCCUUAAUGCAGCUCAUUAAUGUAGCUCGGAGCUUGCUCAUUUAGUCUUCUCUUUAGAAUUCCUUUAUGUAUAUCAAUGUUUCGGGGUAGAUGAUGUCGAAGGAAGAAAGAUGACGAAGAACCUUCGGCGCAUAUUCAUAGGAAUAUGACACCGGACGAAAAGGAUGGAGAUGUUUUGGCCUACUUGCACAUUUCUGCGUAUCAGAAUUAUAUGGUUUGUGUCUCUUCUUCCGCCAAAUUUUUGUUACUUUUUCCGCUAUUAUUUUCAAUCCAUUCCAGCACAAAACCCCUACCUAAUUUUAUGCAGCUAUGAGAAAUAUUUUGGUAUCACAUUCUUCUCCA